GAUCACACUAACAAAAGGGGACAGACAGACGCAAAAAGUACAAUAGCAAGAUGUCCGCCAAAGCAAUACGCGAAGCCACCGGUAAAGAUAUUAUCAACCGCCAUCUACAGGGCGAUCAUGGAGCAGCCAAGUGCCGCUUUGCAACCGUGACCGAAACUACACAAUGGCAGCAGCUGGUACUGGACAACCCGUGGCUGGAGACGUCGCCUCUUGUGGUUAAGCCGGAUCAGCUGAUUAAGAGACGUGGCAAACUUGGCCUGAUUGCUGUUAACAAAAACCUAACCCAGGUGAAGACAUGGGUGAAUGAACGGAUGGGCAAAGAUCAGAAAGUUGGAAAUGCUACCGGCAAACUGCGCAACUUUAUCAUCGAACCGUUUGUCCCGCACAAAGAUAAUGAGGAAGCGUACGUGUGUAUCUACUCUCACCGGACGGCGGACACAAUACUGUUCUAUCACCAGGGCGGCGUUGAUAUCGGUGAUGUAGACGCGAAGGCGUUGAAGCUGGAAGUACCUGUCGGUAAAGAUGUAACCAUGGCCGAAAUAGAGAAAGUGUUGCUGACUGAAAUUUCUUCCGCCAAGAAGCAAAGAGUUGCCAACUUUGUAUACAAUCUGUACCGAUUGUACGUGGACCUGUACUUUACUUACCUGGAAGUUAAUCCACUGGUCAUCACGAACGAUUCCAUCUACAUUCUCGAUUUGGCAGCUAAGGUGGACGCAACAGCUGAUUUUAUCUGUCGGCCAAAAUGGGGCGAGAUUGAUUAUCCGCCACCAUUUGGACGAGAUGCAUUCCCGGAGGAAGCGUACAUUGCCGAUUUGGAUGCUAAAAGCGGUGCUUCGCUGAAGCUCACAAUUCUGAAUCGCAACGGUCGCAUCUGGACAAUGGUUGCCGGUGGUGGUGCUAGUGUAAUCUAUUCCGAUACAAUCUGCGAUCUGGGCGGUGCCAGUGAGCUGGCAAACUAUGGCGAAUACAGCGGCGCACCGUCGGAGCAGCAAACGUACGAAUAUGCUAAGACUAUUCUUAGUCUGAUGACCAGCAGCCCGAAACAUCCGGAUGGAAAAGUGCUGAUUACGGGGGGAGGUAUUGCCAACUUUACGAACGUAGCAGCAACCUUCAGCGGUAUUAUUACCGCUCUGCGUGACUACCAGCAGAAGCUGAUCGAACACAAUGUGUCCAUCUUUGUGCGUCGUGCAGGACCGAACUAUCAGGAAGGCUUGCGUAAGAUGCGUGAGAUUGGUAGCAGUCUGGGCAUUCCACUGUACGUGUUCGGUCCGGAGACACACAUGACAGCUAUUUGCGGUAUGGCACUAGGAAAGAAACCGAUCGCUAAGAGCAACAAUGUUCACUUUGCUACUGCAAACUUCCUUCUUCCCGGUGGCCAGCAGGUGGCCGAAUCAUCAAAAAAGUCAUCCACUGGCAGUCAGGAAAAUGGUAAGCUAAAAAAAAUCACAAAACAUGACACAGCAAAGCUUCCGUUCCUUUGCAAUCCAAUCAGUUCCGAUUGCGAUUCAGGUGCAAUCCGAUCGUCACAGACAGAAAUCGGCUCGGAUGCAUACCGUCAAAUGUUUACCAACCGUACCAAGGCACUUGUUUGGGGAAUGCAAACCCGAGCUGUCCAGUCGAUGCUGGAUUUCGAUUUUAUUUGCAGCCGUGAUGAACCUUCCGUAGUGGCUAUGGUAUACCCGUUCACUGGGUACCAUAAGCAAAAGUUCUACUGGGGUCACAAGGAAGUGCUGAUACCGGUGUACUCUAAGAUGUCGGAAGCAAUCAACAAGCACAAGGAAGCCGACGUGCUCGUAAACUUUGCUUCCCUCCGUUCGGCUUACGACAGUUCGAUCGAAGUGUUGGAUUAUCCGCAGAUCCGCACCAUUGCCAUCAUCGCCGAGGGCAUUCCGGAGAAUCUGACGCGCAAGCUGAACAUGGCUGCAAAGGACCGUAACGUUUCAAUCAUUGGCCCGGCUACGGUUGGUGGCGUUAAGCCGGGAUGCUUCAAGAUUGGUAAUACGGGCGGUAUGCUCGAUAAUAUUAUACAUUCCAAGUUGUAUCGCGCCGGUAGUGUAGCGUACGUCUCCCGCUCGGGUGGUAUGUCCAACGAGUUGAACAACAUUCUUUCGCUGACGACGGAUGGCGUUUACGAGGGUGUCGCAAUUGGUGGCGAUCGUUACCCUGGCACAACAUUUAUGGAUCACAUCAUGCGCUAUCAGGCUGAUCCGGCUGCCAAGAUGAUCGUAUUGUUGGGAGAGGUUGGUGGCGUUGAGGAAUACGAAGUGUGUGAAGCAUUGAAGGACGGUCGCAUCACCAAGCCCUUGAUUGCCUGGUGUAUCGGCACCUGUGCGGGAAUGUUCACAUCCGAGGUGCAGUUCGGCCAUGCUGGAUCUUGUGCGAACACGGAUCGCGAAACGGCCUCGGCUAAAAACAAUGCUCUUGCCGAAGCGGGCGCUCACGUACCUGCCUCGUUCGAUGCUUUCGGUGAUAUGAUUGGGUUGGUGUACGAGAGCAUGGUGAAGGAAGGACACAUCGUACCUGCCGAAGAGGUGCCACCCCCAACCGUACCGAUGGACUACUCGUGGGCUCGGGAGCUUGGUUUGAUUCGCAAGCCAGCCUCAUUCAUGACGUCGAUUUGUGACGAGAGAGGCCAGGAGUUGCUUUACGCCGGUAUGCCGAUCAGCGAUGUGCUACAGAAGAACGUUGGCAUAGGUGGUGUUGUGUCGCUUCUGUGGUUCCAGCGCUGUUUGCCUCCGUACGUGUGCAAGUUCUUCGAAAUGUGUCUGAUGGUAACUGCGGACCAUGGUCCGGCUGUAUCGGGCGCCCACAACACGAUCGUUUGUGCACGUGCCGGUAAAGAUUUGGUAUCGUCAGUGGUGAGCGGUUUGCUUACGAUCGGUGACCGUUUCGGUGGAGCGCUGGACGGUGCAGCCAAACAGUUCUCCGAGGCCUACGAUUCCAACCUUCAUCCAAUGGAAUUUGUCAACUCUAUGCGUAAGAAGGGUCAACUGAUCAUGGGUAUCGGUCACAGAGUAAAAUCCAUCAAUAAUCCGGACGUUCGAGUGAAGAUCAUCAAAGAGUUCGUAAUACAAAACUUCCCGGCUUACCCUCUGCUCGAGUACGCACUGGAAGUUGAGAAGAUUACCACCAGCAAGAAACCGAAUCUAAUUUUGAACGUUGACGGAGUGAUUGCUACGUCUUUCGUUGAUUUGCUGCGGAACUGUGGUUCAUUCACGAGCGAGGAAGCUCAGGAGUACAUCAACAUCGGUGCUAUCAACUCACUGUUUGUGUUGGGCCGUAGCAUCGGUUUCAUCGGACAUUACAUGGACCAGAAGCGCUUGAAGCAGGGCCUGUAUCGUCAUCCAUGGGACGAUAUCUCGUACGUUCUUCCCGAACAGUACAACUAAAACCCCUAUCAUUGAAGGGUUUGUCGGCCGUCGCGACAAAGAACUAUACAAACAUUCAUAAGCACAACACGACGCAAAACAAAAUCUUUCCGUUUAGACAUGAGCGUAGAAAUGUGGUAAUUAAAGGGUGGAUGUGAAAUUGUAACAUAUGCAUCCAUCGACAAAGGAUAACGAACCGAAAAUUGUGAAGCGGUAAUGUGAGCAAACGACGAUUCUAUGGUUGGGAAAGGUCGCUAGUGAAACAAAAAAGAAACAUUAAGCAAAUUAUGCAGCACAAUGCUGCAUACUUUCCAUUUUCCUCCCUUUAUUGGUAACUAGUUUUUACAAGAAUCUCUUUUUCGUUUUUGGCGUAGUGUAAGACGUUCGGAAUCAUCUUUUUUUCUUCUUCGUGUCCGUUAGCUUGUUGAACAAUCAAUUUUACAUUCUCAAACAAACAGUGCAUUUAUGCAAGGAAAGUUGCGCUGUGUAUUGUGUAACUUAUUGCUACCAACUACUUUUUUUCGUUUUAAAAGCUACGAUCACUAUUGUUUAUAAUCGUUCCAAAGCAGGCUUCGCGGAAAAGAUAAUGAUCAUGUUUUGCACUGACAGAGCUUGAACAUAAAAAGUUUCUAGCCCUGAUACAAUGAAGAUCACUCGGUGCAAUCAAAGGAAUGUUAUUUGGGCUUGAAAACAAGGUGUUAAACAACAGGCAUACAAAAGCGGUGGAAGCAACCAGAGACUAACUUUUAAUUUAUUGCAUCGCUCAUUAGGUUUCAAUCUUUCUAUUUCCCAUGUUUGGUAAGGCGUUUCUUGAUUUUAGACGGUAACAACGUCUACAAAAGCGUACAAGAUAGUAGAGACAAAGACGCUAUAUUCCAUGAAUAUCAUAGCAAAAGGUGGCAACUAAAAUGAGAGACGAUUGCAAUAUGAACGAACGAACGUAGGAGAGGCGCUGUGUCUUAUUUCAUUUCUAUUUAAAUUUGUUAUUAUUUCUUUCCGUGUACAAGUCUUCAUUGCGGUUUCUGUUGCUAAUUUUAAGUUAAAGUGGAUAUGUUUCUUCUAUUUUAUUUGAAUGGAAAAAGAUACAACAAAAAUAGUGACAAAGUA